AUGGCUGUCGAUACACAAUCUGAAAAGCAAUGGGAGCCAUUGUCCUUGUCACUCGCUCCAACAAUAGCAUCCUACUCCCUCUCAACGCCGGAGUCGUUACAGAUUGAAAUUGACCAAGCAACUCAUCGCCUCAAUCUCCUCAACUUCUUUUGUAUUCAACCGUCGUCUAGCAUUCUCGAGGUAGGAUGCGGCCAGGGUACCUGCACUGUGGUUCUGGGCCAAGCGACUGGUAGUGGUGGCUAUGUCGAUGCCAUAGACCCCGCGCCUCUGGACUACGGUGCUCCUACAACACUCGGCCAAGCGCAGGAGCAUAUCAUCCAAGGGAGUAUGGGUGAUAGGGUGAAGUUCUGGCAGAGACAGCUAGAAGACUUCUUGGUAGAGACUGGGGAGAAGAAGUGGGAUUAUGCCGUUCUUGUGCACUGCCUAUGGUACCUCGACGGAGAAGAGACCUUGGCACGUAUGCUUAAAGCGUUAAAGGGCCGAGUAGGCAAAAUUUGCAUCGCAGAGUAUGCCAUGAAAGCUUCCAAGCCAGCGGCUGUACCUCACGUCCUUGCAGCCCUGACCCGAGCUACUCUUGAGGCUCAAAAGUCGGAAAGCGACGCCAACAUCCGGUGUCUGAUUACUCCGCCGGAUAUCAAGAAGAUUGCGGAACAGGCUGGUUGGAAAGUGGACCGAGAGAGUUACAUUAUGCCCGAUGAAAACUUGCAAGACGGGUCGUGGGAAGUCGGCGAUGUGAAGAGCGAAGACUUUCUUCGUGAUGUGGAGGAGAAUGUCAAAGACAACAGGAUCAAAGUCUUGCUGAGGAGUGGGAGGGAGGGAGUCAUUGCAGCUGUGAAGGAACUCAACGGGGAGAAAGUAAGGACAAUGGAUGUUUGGGCAGCUACUCUAGUAGGAUGA